AUGGAGGACGCCGAAGAGGGUCAACCGUUUCUCUCUGGGAAGCAAACCACACCAGAUGUUAUCCGGAACGUGGGAAGCCCAAAACGCCGCCUACUUGACUGGGCCUGGGUGAUUUCCACACUGAUAUUUGCAUCACUGUCGGUUUUCCUCUACGUCCAAUGCCUCAGAAUCGAGGCAUAUGAGCGUGGGUUCUCGACAGACUUGGAUGCGUUGAAAUCACAAAUCCAACUGCAUCAGGUACAAUUUUCUGGCGGACUGGAACUUAAUGAGACCGGGAAACUACAUCGCAUCGUCGACCCUGAAAGGCCACAGUAUGUCGGACCUCCCACGCCUGAAAUCGACGCGGCGUGGGAUGAUCUCAUGCUAGCCCUCGACCUCGACCUGCCUGUGACAGAAUCAGCAGACGUUACGUGGACAAUGAAAGGCCAAGACAGCAGCAAAUACAGAGUAAGCCUCGAUCUAUACCAUUCACUACACUGUUUAAAUGCGAUUCGUCGGGCACUAGACUCGGACUACUAUGAGCCAGGCGUGCAGCAUCCUUAUUUCUUCCGGCUACAUAUCGGUAUGCACCCAUUCUAG